AUGGCAGUGUUGCCUGAGCUUGCCCCGCAAACUCUCGGGGAAGUUGAGGAGUUGCCUGGCUAUCAGCCCAAACUUCCUCUUGAGCAUGAUGCAGGCUUUUACGUCCAUGAGCCGUGUGAUGGUUGGACAUCGCCAGAGCCUGUCACACAAUCGAGCACGCUUGGCGAGGACUGGAUGGUGAACAUGAUUGCCAGCAUGGAGCCCACCAGAUCAGAAAUCAUUCGGGGUGUUCCUGUGCACUGCGCCUUGCAGGGUUGUGGACAGGCGAUACGUGGGAGACUUGGACGGCGAAGAUUAUACAAACUCAGCCACGCCACAAGGCGUAUCGACGAGUUUUGGUCCCACAGCUGGCAUGCAUCUGGCUGGAUGAAGUAUGUCACCGCAUGGUAUUUGAACACUGCCGCUGUCGCGGCUGCCUUCGGCAUGGGGGGAGCCCUGCUGGGCUUCGUCCUGCGCGCCACGGCGGUCUUGCCUGGGACCGUCUCAAAUAAUACCUUCACCGACUCGCAAUGGAGUGUCUUGAUUGGCGUGAUCUUCUACUGUUUGUCCUUGACGUUCUGGCGGGUGAGGAGGCUUGUGUUCCUGGACCUUCUUUGCAUAGACCAAGAUGACGAAAGUUUGAAGGGCGAGGCCAUGAUCAGCAUGGGCGCGAUCUUGAAGAGCUCAGCAUCAAUGCUGGUUUUGUGGGACGCAAGUUGGGUACAGAGAUUCUGGUGUGUUUUCGAGCUGGCCUCGUUUCUUCGCAGCCGAAAAGUCCAAGCAACAGCAAGCCAGAAGCUGAGCAUUCGACCAAACCUCAUGGGACCGGUAUUCUUUGCAGGGGAGGCCGGCCUGGCUUUUUUGCUUCUUGCAUUGCCAGGCUUGUUUCAGGCUCUCGAUAAUACCAUCGAAGCAAUGGGCUCGGCGCUAGCCGUAGGCCUCUUGCCGAGUUUCCUUUGCCUUGCCCAUGUUGCCCGAAAUUUCUGCUGCAGCCUGGACACGCUACAGCAACAACUUGCCAAGUUCCGACUCACAGAUGCGAUGUGCUGGUGCUGCACGGUGAACCACGUGGACGACGAAACAGGCGAGCCUUUGGUUUGCGACCGUGAGAUCAUGCUGAAAUGCAUUGGAAUCUGGUUUGGAAGCAAUGCUGACUUCGAAAGCUUGGUGCAAGGGCAGGUUAGGACUACACUGCUUCGACAGCUCACCAGUCCAGUGUACCUCUACCAGCAAAUCGUCCUCGCCUGCAGUCCGGUGAUGUGGCUGUUCUGGGACCGAAUUGCUACCCUUGUCGCCCACGAUGAGGCGGACUUUGCCGUGGCGGUUUUCCUUAGUGGAAUGGCAUGGUGGCUGCUGGCGAUACCUAGCAUGGUCUUGCUAGGUCUUGCUAUUGCAUACAAACUCCGCAUGAAGCAAGCUUGUUGGGUGCUGGAUUUGCUCUUCAGCCUUGCCGUGUUGGUGCCGGCAUCCGUCAUGCUUGUUGCAUUCGUUAUGUUUUACGGCUUCACCAUUGAGGCGAUUCCGCAUGCUGCCGAGUGGUCCGUAGCUGUGAAAAUUAUGGUCGUCGUUGCCUUCCUCGCUACAUCGGUCAUGUUGGCCAUGUGCACACACUACAUGUUCUGGAAGGCAAAGAAGCGUGCCCUUAGCGAGUAG